UUGCACCACUUAUACUGGUGAAUAAGGAAGAACAUAGCUGGUUGUUAAAAUUCUUUAAGGAUGAAAAGAUGUAGACAAAAGGAAAGAGCAAAUAAUGGAGGAAAUGUAUAAUUUUCAGAUUCCUUUAGAAGGAGGCAGAUUUAGAGCAUGCUUUUACUGUUUUGGUUUUUUUAAUUAUUGUUUUAGAUUGUGCUUUAGCAAACAAGGGACACAUCUAUAUCCUAGUUCUUGAAUUAGGUUAUUUUUAUUAAGGAUGUGUACUAUUUUGGUGGCUUGUUGCAUGCAUGAUUAGCUGGUGGGCAUGUGCCAUCAUGCCGUCUGAUCUAGUUUCUGGUGUGAAGAACAUCGAGAAUAUGGAAAUAUGGUUUCAAUCCUCAUAAGUGACUGAUCUAUGAAAUGGCAGAGAAUGGAACAGAUUGUGACCAGAGACGCAUAGGAAUGAUCAAAGAACAGCACAAUGGGAACUUUACAGACCCCUCUUUGCCAUGUGAACGGAAGCGAAGGGACCGAGAAGAGAGGCAGAAUAUUGUGCUCUGGAGACAACCGCUCAUUACCUUGCAGUAUUUUUUCCUGGAAACCCUAAUAAACUUGAAGGAAUGGACCAUAAAAUUGUGGCAUCGCCGAAGUAUCGUGGUGUCUUUUUUGCUGCUGCUUGCAGUGCUUACAGCUGCGUAUUAUAUAGAAGGAACACAUCAACAGUAUGUGCAGUAUACGGAGAAAAAAUUCUUGUGGUGUGCCUACUGGGUAGGCUUAGGCAUUCUGUCCUCUGUUGGACUCGGAACAGGUCUUCAUACCUUUCUACUCUAUUUGGGUCCACACAUAGCAUCAGUUACACUUGCUGCGUAUGAAUGUAACUCAGUUAAUUUUCCUGAACCACCGUACCCUGAUCAAAUUAUCUGUCCUGAUGAGGAGGGGAUUGAAGGAUCCGUCUCUUUAUGGACCAUAAUCUCAAAAGUCAGGGUAGAGGCCUGCAUGUGGGGUGCUGGCACAGCUAUUGGAGAACUGCCUCCUUAUUUCAUGGCCAGAGCAGCCCGACUCUCUGGUGCUGAACCUGAUGAUGAAGAGUAUCAGGAAUUUGAGGAGAUGCUGGAACAUGCAGAGGCUGCACAAGACUUUGCCUCCCGAGCUAAACUGGCCGUCCAGAACCUGGUGCAGAAGGUUGGAUUCUUUGGCAUUUUGGCCUGUGCUUCAAUUCCAAAUCCUCUGUUUGACCUGGCAGGGAUAACAUGUGGCCACUUUCUGGUUCCCUUUUGGACCUUCUUUGGCGCAACCUUAAUUGGGAAAGCAAUAAUUAAAAUGCACAUCCAGAAACUUUUCGUAAUUAUAACAUUCAGCAAACAUAUAGUGCAGCAGAUGGUGUCCCUAAUAGGUGCUGUCCCAAGUAUAGGUCCCUCUCUUCAGAAGCCGUUUCAAGAGUACUUGGAAGCUCAGCGAAUUAAACUUCACCACAAAUCUGACAAUGGAGUGCCACAGGGGGAGAACUGGUUAUCAUGGAUGUUUGAAAAACUUGUGAUCGUCAUGGUUUGCUAUUUCAUCUUGUCUAUAAUAAACUCCAUGGCCCAAAGCUAUGCCAAACGAGUGCAGCAGAAGAUGUACUCUGAGGAAAAGACAAAAUAAGCUGGGUAAAACCCAUUGAAAUGAGCUUUAGCAGACAUGCAAGUGACAGGUCUUACCAUAUGUUAAAAAUCGGCAUUAUUCAAAACAGGGAAACACUUUUAAAAAUCAUCAAUUUUCCAGCUGUAACAAGUUUUUAAUUAUUUUCUUUUGAAAGUAAUUCACUAUUAGAGAAUAACUUUCAUUUACAAACGUAUGUAUGUUAAGGUAAUGUAUAUACUCUUUAAUUCAGUCUGAGUUGUACUUUCUGGGGUGGCACGUGUGAUGCUAGACUAAUGUUGAACAUGAAUGCUUUCCAUUCAAGUUAAUUCCAAAAUUGAUGAUUUAAUACUUAGCACAACUCCAGAUUUCCUGAUUAACUUGCAGCCUGGCCUAAAAGUAACAAUUUUCUUUUGAAGGAUGGCUGUCAUGCCUCAUAAUUUCAAGGUCAUUGAAAUAUAUGUAAAUGAUAGUAGACUGGGUAACAUUCUUGCAUGUCCCUCAUGGUAAUACGAGUCCAUCUGAGUUCUCAGAAAUGCCGUCACAUCGCACAUGCUCUCGGUUGGAAAAGCCACCCUUGCCAACUUCAUAAUGGUGUAAGCAGAGAUGGCUGAUGUCAAACUGGUGCAGUUCACUUUUUUAUUCUGUAUAUUUAGAAUGAAGUCAAGAUAAAACUUUAUAAAGUCAUCUUUGAUCAUUCCAGAAUUUCUUGUGUCGGUCUUUUUAAGCUGUUUCUUCCCCUCAACACCUUUGGUAUACUCCGUUUCUCUUUAGUUUCUUUAUUAAGCUUAUGUCCAGUUUAUUGCAUGCUUACUUAUCCUUCCUGUACAGUAAGCACAGAAACAUUUUGUUAAUUUUUCUCGAACUUCUUGCUCAACAGAAGGAAGUAGAAAGCAUGUAUUUAGCACCUUGCAGUAUGGUAUGAUUUAUUUAUUUAAGUAGGCUAGUUGAAUGACGUUACUAAUUUUAUCAGGUCACUCUAGAUGUUUGCUUAAUGUUAGGAAUACAGAUUUAUAGCACCAUGAGUGCUGCAGGAAAAAAGUUGGGGAAGCGUAGAAAUCAGAAAUUAAACACAGGAAUGGUAAUUAAUAACCGUAAUAAAGAACAUUAAAGUAUACUUUAAAAAUAUCCCGAUAUUCAUUAUUGUUACAAAUCAGUGUGUUUGAAAUUAACUUGUAUUGAAGGGGUAGACUUGUUCUUUUCUUAGUAAAUAGGUGACCAUUCCACUGCUACUGUGUAUAUACAACGCUUCUCUAAUAGUCCCUGAACUAGUAGGAAUGUAGUUUUGUUUUAUCCAUAAGAAAAUUAAAAUAAGUUGACUUGUUUAAUCAGACGUUCUUAAAUGGUGGUACAUGGAUUCUAUUAGGCUAGAACUGGUUCAAUACCUAUUAAAUUAGAUGCGUCUGCCUGUCUCGAGCAAGGCGCAGUAAACGUGCAUUUUGUUCUGCCUGAAUGUUCACUUGUGUUGCCUACCGUCGUGACAUCUCCAUGGCUGUACCAUCCUGUCGGAUAGCUUAUCAGACUGAUGUUGACUGUUGGAUCUCAUGGCAACAACAGUCGGUAGGCUGUCUGACAUUUUGGUAUCUUUCAUCUGACCGUUUGCUCAUCCAUCUCAAAUUCUGUUUUUCAUUGAACAUCAACAGGCAUAUAAGUGUUUAAAGUUUAGAACGCAAAUUAUUUUAAAUGUAAAUGUGUCAUACCUAUUUUUCUUAAAAUAUAGCACUCUGCAUAAGAAACACCUUAAAUUACAUUGUGAGAUUUGUAACGUUUUUGCUUUUGUGUGCAUCAUACAUAACUUUAAACAAACUGUGACAGUGUUACUUGAAUGCAUGAAGAGAAUUUUAUAUAGACUUCUCUAAACAUUGCUUCUGAUAUAAAAAUCUCAGUGGGACAUUUUCAAAGGCACAAAGGGCCCCCUCCUGUUUGUGCCUGGAGAUUUAAAAAGAACAAAAUGUAGCAACAAAUUCAUAUGACUAAUUAUACAUGCAUAAAAUCAUGACUAUUUGAUAUUUCACAGCAAUGGUUUAAAUCAGCCAAAACUUAAAUUAUGCAAUUUUUUGGUUAGUCAUGGGUUAUAUUCAGCAGCUUUGAGGCACUUACGUUAUUUUUCCCACAACAUAUUUUGACUUAGGAAAACAUUGUGGGUUGCCAUUUGUACCACUUUAUUUAGUAGCAGCUUUUUUUGGUUCAGCUUUAACAUCUACCAAAUAUAUGGGGCACUAUUCUCAUUUACACCAAAGCUGUUUUACACCACUCUGGCAGUGGAAAGGGCCCUAAGAGGAUAUUUAAUGUAGGCCUACUUUAAGGUCCCUUCAUGGUACCAGAGUGAGAUGAAAGGAUCUUGUGUAACUACGAAUCUGGCCCUAGAGCUUUGUGUCUCAGCAUGUCUUCAGGUGAUUUCUCAAACACACUUUUAGUUGCCUCUUUUAUCCAAAGUCUUUGCAGUGACUCUGCCUAGAGAUUAACCACCAGACAAAUUGCAAGCUUUCCCCUGUGUGUGUGUGUGUGUAUAGAUUACUCUGCAAGCCACAUUUGUGUGUGCCCGUUCUGAUGAACUGUGCUGUAAUUCUGAAAGCUUUCUAAAGUUCAUCUUUUAUCUGAUAUUUAGAGAAUGGACUGAACACUAUACCUGCUUCUUUCUUAUCAGACACUGGAUGGUGAUCCUUUAAUACUUAAUACAAGGUAAAAAAUAAAGAUUUUCAAAUUGAUGUCUUCAUAUUUUUGCUCAAAUAAAAAUAAAUAUCUCUAAGUGG